GUUUCUCCGGGAAUUAUUUUGGUGACGCACCCCUCUAGUCGUCUAGUUUGUGAGGUGGUUUAACUUCCUACCUGGCUCUUCUGACAAGAAAUGAGAAACGCUACUCUGGUAAUCUUCCGCUAAGCUCUUUUAAGACGAAAAAGGACACAACAAUGACCCAGAACCAUGUGUCAGGGAUGGAGACCUCCGCCGUCUCCGUCCUGAAGCGGGCGGUGGAGUUAGACCAGAGCGGUCGCUUCCAGGAUUCUCUUGUCUGUUAUCAGGAGGGCAUCCAGCUGCUUAUGGACGUGUUGAAAGCUGUUAAAGAUGACUCAAAGAGAGGACACUACAGGGACAAGAUUAAGGGCUACAUGGACAGAGCUGAGCAGAUCAAAGUUCACGUGAACCAGAUGAAAGAAGAUGGGAAGUACCAUGAGCAGAUAAAAAUAGCAGAGGAUGCCACUGGUUACAGCUUCGAGUCCCUUUUCAAACCAUACAUCAGCAGUUUACUCACAGAAGUCUGGGUACAGGACCCGUACAUACGGCACACGCACCAAUUGUAUAACUUCCUGCGGUUCUGUGAGAUGUUACUCAAAGCGUCCUGCAAGGUGAAAAAGAUCCAUCUCCUUACUUCACAGGAUGAGGGGGAUAGCAGCCAGCAGAGCAGCGCUCUGGCAGAGCUUAAACAGAGUCUCAGUUCUCAGGGCGUGACUCUGGACCUGCAGUAUUCCUCCUCCAUUCAUGACAGGGAGAUCAGGUUUGAUAAUGGAUGGAUCAUAAAGAUAGGAAGAGGGCUUGAUUACUUCCAGAGACCUAAGGGGCGGUUCUCAAUUGGUUAUUGUGACUAUGACCUUCGACAGUGCCAGGAGACCAACGUAGACAUCUUUCACACCAAACAUACAAAGACACUAUGAGAUAUAAAACUGUUAUAACCUCUUUUUAAUAUCUCAAGUGACUGAGUUUACCUUCCUGCUCUCAGAUUGCUAAAACAAAUCUAAUGUGUUGUUGUAUUUUCUCUAACAGACAGGUGCAUGUCAUCAGCCUUAAACAGUGUAACAAGCAAUACAUGUCAUUUUACUGGUGUGUCUUUCACCUUUUUGAUUAUAAUUUUUAUAAAUUGUUACUUUCUUAUUCUUUAUGAAAAUGAUAGUUUAUUUCUUAUUUAUAAGGUUUUUUUUUUAUUGACCUUAUUGUAACUCUUUCUAUGAAUGGGUUGUCCAAGAUAUUGAGAAGGGAAGAUAGUUUUAAAGGCCUUAUACCACCAUCUGGUGGAAAACUAAAUUAAAAUUGUUCAAAUUAUAUUAAAAACUCUUUUGUAAUACCA